UAUACAAUUCUUUCGUGUAUUACGUAUAUUAUUAGUUUUGAUUGGAAAUUACGGUAUAAAUAUAGAAAAUGAAUUAAACUCGGAAUAAACAGGAACAUUUUGAUGCUCGAUUAUGUUUUACAUCACGUCUAAGAUAAGGGUAAAAUGCGUCAUUCGCAGUCGGUAGUUUAAAGCAUGGCGUUGUAACUUAGCGAUUCUGUACCGAAUAACUCGGUAAUCGAUCGAAAAACCAGACAUGACGUGGGUCUAGGUGGCGCCAGUGCGCCAUUAGGUCAUUCGUCAGUAACAUUCGGAGAUCACAGAAGACAAGCAAGCUCCCAUCAUGACGUCCACAAGGUGGUUACCUUUGGAAUCCAAUCCCGAUGUUAUGAAUAAGUUCCUCCAUGAUGGGGGUGUUCCUUCCGAAUGGGGCAUCGUAGACGUUAUCGAUCUAGACGCUCUCCAGUCUGUUCCUCAACCUGUUGUCGCCGUUUUGCUGUUAUUCCCUGGAGGAGACCAGUAUGAAAGUUAUUGUAAAGAAGAAGCGGAGAGAAUUCAGUCGGAUGGACAAACCGUUAGUGAUGGCAUAUAUUUUAUGAAUCAAGUCAUCAAGAAUGCCUGCGGGACAAUAGCCCUCAUCCAUUCCAUAGCAAACAAUGCAGGCAAGAUUCAAAUGGACGAGGAAAGUGUCCUGAAACGUUUUAUAGAUCAAACCAAAGACCUCGCUCCAGAAGAAAGAGGUCAAGAAUUAGAAAAAUAUGACGACAUCGUGGCACUCCACGAAGCCAGUGCUCAAGAAGGACAGACAGAGGCACCAGAUGCCGAAGAAGAUGCUAAUUUGCAUUUUGUUACUUUUGUCUGUGUCGAUGGAAAUCUGUACGAGUUGGAUGGAAGAAAAAGUGUACCCAUUAACCACGGUUCUAGUUCCGACGAAACUUUGCUAGAGGAUGCAAGCAAAGUUUGCAAGAGUUUUAUGGAAAGAGAUCCAGAAAAUGUCAACUUUACAGUUCUUGCUCUGACAUCCAUAGAAGAAGCAUAAAGUAGUGAAGUAACCGAUGUUCCACGCUCUCGCAUUUGCCAAAUCGAUUCUGCCUUACAUGGUGUACUGUCUACUGUCAGUCAGCAGCUAACGCAUUUAGAGACUAUCAUCGCCUUGUUCUAGCAUUAAAAUCUCUUCCUAGAAGAGACAUUAAAGGCCAAGAAAUGUUGCCUUUGAGCUAUUCUUUUCAUUUUACAAAUGCAAAAAUGUGAUACGGACCAUCUCCAGCAACAAAUAUACUUUUUUCAUUCGAGCGAUGUUGUCUGGUGCUCACACCAUAUUUAUCUAUCUGUAAUAAACAUAUCGAUCGGAUGGAAACAACCGUCUUCGCCCACGGCUCUCUCUCUCUCGUAUCUGAAUGUUUGUCCCAAAACAGCUUAAACAAUUAACGAACAAAUGGCCGUUUAAUGGCACAUGCCUGCUUUUUGUACCUCACAAAACGUAAUUGACAAUAAAGUUAAUGGCAUUCACCCGUUUGACUUCCCCUAUUAUUUUUUUACUUCUACCUCAGUUAUUACGUCAUGAUUAUAUAUUUCCGUGAAUAACUAAGUUUCAAUGCUGGCCUUUACUUUUUAUUUUAA